AUGAAGGCCAUCCUUGUGCUCGCCUUCUUGCUCGCUAUGAUCUUCCACACAGCUUGCGCCCAGAAUGAUACCACCCAUUCUACCACUACAGCCACUAUCACCAAGACUGUCCUUCACACGGAGACCGUCGUGGUUGACCUCAUGACUGCCUUGCCUGGCGAGCUCCUCACUGCCCUGCCCGGUAUCGCGUCUGCUAGCGCUGGCGACAUCUCAAUCGAGCUGAAGAGCGUCUACGUCCAGACUGUUGAAUUGACUGCCACCGCUACCUCCACUGCUACCAUCGUCUCUACCGAGAUCGACGGCGUUGUUAUCACCUCGAUGAGCACCUUCACCGCCAUCGCCACUUCAACUAGCACUGAUAUCAACAUCGAGGAAGUCACUUCAUUCUCUACUAAGCAGGUCGGUACCACAAUCACAACCACGUCGGUCGUCCCCGCAUCGACUUCGCCUCUUUCCGUCCUAGAUGCACUCGCUCAUCAGUAUAGCCUCGGUGGCGGCGGAGACAAUGUCACGGCCGAUCCUUGGCUAGUCUUCAGUGUGGUUUCUCUGUGUUUCGCACACUACUUCUUCUUUGCCCACAACUAG